AUGUCUGGCUCCAGCCCCGUUUCUCAUAUUGAACCAUCCGAUGCACGACACCAGCAAUUGCCCCAUGGGAUCUAUCAAUUGAUUGACAUUGCUACUGGGUCCGCGCUAGAUCUCUCAGGUGCAGACAGUACGACGUUGAUUGCGUGGUCUCCGCACGACGGCCAUAAUCAGCUCUGGGAUGUUGCCCCUAGUUCCAGAGGCGAAGACGGCGGCCUUUACCUGAUUCGCAGCGUCGACGAUCUGGCGGCGAAGGUUCGGUUGCAUGGACGUCUUGUCCUGUGGCGAGAUGGCGUGUUGAGGUCGAGGGUGACGAUGCUCCAGACGGCGAAAUUAGAGUAA